UUCCGGAGCAGCAGGAGGGCGCACUUGGCACCUGAUCCUGCAGUCUGCGUUUGGCACAGGACCGCCGCUCACUGCGGUUCCGGUCCUGACAUUACAGCGUAUGUUUUACAGCAAUUCAAGUAUUUAAACUAUGGAGGAUAGUUACCAGUAUCCAGUUUUCUUCGAGUGCCCCAGUUUGAACGGAGAGCAAAAGAAGAGGAUAGAAAACUACUUCCAGAUUCGCCGCAAAUCGGGAGGAGGAGAUUGCGGCCCCGUAAAGACAAUAAAUGAUAAAGUUUGCAGCAUUGCAUUUAAAGAGCGAGACGCUCAACAGAGAGUCCUGCAGAAAUCUGAACAUGUGUUGGAGUUUGCAGGUGGUACUCUGGUGCUGCCUGUGCAAGAAAGCCCGGAACUUACAAGCAAGCCAGAUAAGCCAAGUCUGGACUCAGCUUCAUCACAGCAGGGUAAGCUGUCCAUGCCUGCCUCAACAGCUUCACCAAGUGGUGAAGAAUAUGAACUACAGUGUGAUUCUUACCUCCUCCGUUACCUAAAGGAGUGUCCCAAGGCUGGGAAUGAACUGGAGAAAAAACUCGCCUCUCUGGCCUGUUGUGCCCAGCUUCACCCAGAGGAUGGAAGGAUUUCAGUCCAGAGUUUAGCUCAACAUAGUUCUGUAGAUGAAGUUAAGGAUUGGAAAGCCGAGGUAGAUCAACUUUUCGAUGUCUAUCAGUGCCACUAUGAGGUGGACCCUCACAAAAUUAAAGCCUUGCUCCAGUCCUGCAGCUCUCGUCAGAACACAGAUGAAGUGAAGGUGUACAGUGAGGCUGACCUCGCUGUCGUGGUUGGGAAGCGUGCUCAGGUGAAGGCCAGGUUGAUGGAUGUAGAGGACUCAUGUGUUAAACAAAGUUUACAUUUGAGUAAGAAGCAAACCACCAUUCGUCGACUUGGCAAAGCCAAACUCCAUCUCCUCUGGAAAGAAAUUGAGCAGAGUUUGGGACGAGAUUUUCCAGGACUGAAGGUCAAACAGGGAGAUGAAGGUCAGUUAGUUUUGGAGGGCUCUGUGGAGCAGAUUCUGAAGGCUGGAGAUCAGAUCUCUGGUAUGGAGAGUUUGGUGUUAGAAAGGAAAGUUUCCAACAUGAACCCACACUUGUUGGCCUUCUUAAAGAAGGCAUACGGAGAUCCAGUGAUGCUUGGUGUCUUUUUAGGGGUUGGUGACAAGGUGGAAAUAGAGUUACGAGACACCGAGCUCCGAUUUUUCGCCAUGUCUGCUGACAAAUUGGAUGACACAGAAAACAAACUGCAAGAAAAAUUCAAGGAAGUUAAAAUUACCGUGCCUAACUGCUCCUCUGUGCCACCUGAGCUUAGGGAACGUCUCAAGUCCAAGACAAAUGUGAUGAAUCAGGGGCGACACAGGGCUCAGGUUGUGUUUGGCUCAGACACCACGGUCUGCUUGCUGGGCCACACCAAAGAGGUUGAACAGCUCAGUGAAGCUGUGAAACAGUUUAUUUUGGAUCAGGCAAGCAUAGAAUCCCAAGUCACUCUCCCUUUUCCAGAGUUAGUACAAGGCUUACCAGGAUUGCUCCAGCUACAUAAGUUUGACUAUUCAGGAAUUACCUUCAAUCCUUUAACAUCCUCCUUUGAGCCCAAAGUGGUGCUGGAAGGUCCGUCCAGCAAAGUGAGGGAGGUGAUGAACAGGCUGGGUCCAUUUUUGGAUUCAUUUGUUCAGAGCAGAGUCACCAUUGACCUGCCCGGGGCAGCAAGGUAUUUCUUAAGUCCCUCUGGAAGAGAGAACGUUUUAACUCUUGCUCGUUCUCACAAGUGUCUCAUACAGCUCCAAGAACAGCAUCAUGUUACCAGACAGAAUUUAGCAUCCAGUACAAGCCUCAGUGGCGUAAACACAACAGUUGCCAGCUACAGCCUUCGUGACGGGCUCCAGGUGCUGGUGUGUCAGGGUGACAUCACCAAACAAGAGGCUGAUGCCCUGGUGAACGCUGCCAAUGAAGAUCUGGACCACUGUGGAGGCGUUGCUGCUGCUCUGAGUAAGGCAGGUGGCCCAGAGGUUCAGAGGGAGAGCCGUACCUUAGUUAAGAAUCAUGGGAAAAUUUCUGUUGGUGAUGUGGUAAUAACCACAGGGGGGAACUUAAACUGCAAGAAAUUGCUGCAUGCUGUGGGGCCUGUAUGUGGAAAUUCAGGUGGCAAUGAACGUGUGUUGCUCGAAAAAACUGUCACUUCUGCUCUGAAUAUGGCAGAGAUGAUGGAGUUCAAGUCCAUAGCCAUGCCCUGUAUCAGCUCAGGUUUGUUUGCGGUUCCUGUCGUUGUGUGCUCCGAGGCCAUUGUAACUGCUGUUAAGAAGUUUGGCAGUCAGGGAGGGCAAAGUCUGAGCAAAAUCAUCCUGAUUGAUAACAGGACAGAGGUGGUGAGGGCCUUGCAGGAAACAUGUGAUCGUGUUCUGAAAAGGAUCUCAACAGGAAAUGUUACAAUUGUCCCUGACGCUGCAAGAGGAGCCACUGCUGGAGCUUCUGGAGAUGUAGAGAGUGUCCAUGUGGAGAUUGUUCAGGGAACCAUCGAGACCCAGCAGGUGGAUGGCCUAGUGUCUCCUAUGGCAGGCCAUGAUCCUCUUUCUACCCGUGUUGGAAAUGUUUUAUCCAAUGUGGUUGGACCUCAGUUGACUACAAAGUUGCAUAGGGAAGCAGGAGGAGCGACGCUGCCUGGUCAGACUGUCCUGGUGGAGGGCUUGCCUGGACUAAGGUCUAAAGGAGUGUUCUUCCUCAACCUCGUUUCCUGGAAUAAUAACCAACAUGAAACUGCAGCCCAGGUUCUGAGACAGGGAAUUAGAAAUAUUCUGACUUCCUGUGACAGGAAAGGCUAUAGAUCAGUUGCUCUCCCCGUGCUUGGGACCGGUGCUGUCCUGCGUUUUCCUCACACCACGGUAUCCAGGGCUGUGCUGGAAGAGAUCCGUGCAUUUGAACAGAACCGGUCCAGCAGAACAUCCUUCCUGGUCCGAUUUGUCAUCCACCCCAGUGACAAAGAAUCUAGCAAGGCCUUCCAGUCAGCCCAGGAAACUUUGCAUCUCAGAGGAUUCACGAAUGAUACUACCCCAGACCAAGCUUCCUUCUACCGCCAUGUGUUGGGAAGUGAUGAUGAGGUCACAGCCAUGUUGGGUGAAGUGACGCUCCAGAUGGUCCGUGGGGACAUCGUUCACGAGAGAACCGAUGUCAUAAUCAAUACAACUGACUUUUCCAGUCAUUCUGGUGUGUCCAAAGCUAUUCUGACUGCAGCAGGACCAGCUGUCCAAGCAGAGUUAGCACGAGUGCGAAAUCCAGCAGACUCCAUGUGCAGCACAGGACCUGGGACACUUGGCUGCAAGGAAAUCAUUCAUGCUGGUUUUAACUGUGACAGUCAAAUCAUUCGGAAAAUGUGCAAAAACAUAGUGAAGCAGUGUGAGAGAAAGGGCUACCAGUCAGCGGCCUUCCCAGCUAUCAAUACUGGUGUGGGUGGUAUGGACCCUGUCGAAGCUUGUAAAGCCAUGCUGGAUGGCAUGACGUCGGCCAUUACAGACUUGAAACCAAAGUCCCUCUCACUGAUCCGCAUUGUCAUCCUACAACAACCGGUCUUUCAGGGUUUCAGAUCAGAGCUGGAGAGCCGCUUUGGACAAACAGCCAGACGCCACCUCACCCUGAGAGAAAUAGCUAAACAAAAGCUAAUGAAACUCCGAGACAAGUGUUCAGGGACCUCCACAACUUCAGCACGUCAAGGCGAAACUUCCAUCUCCUUAAAGCCAAAGCCGGCUGUCGUAAGUGUGAUUGGCUGUAGUCCUGACACCAACUGGACUAUCAAGAGAGAUUUGGAGGGGAUCCUACAGAAGCAUCUGAUAGAAAGGGAGCUGGAUGUGCAUAAUUUUACCAUGCUUGGUCCAAUGGAGCUGGAGGCGCUGCAAGCUAAAGCCAUAAUGUUAGACAUGAGCCUGGAGUACAGGAGAUGUCAAAGAUCUGAAGGUGUGGAUGGCAACAGAGCACGAAACACAGACAGAGAUCGGUCACGGCCAAGGGGAGACGUCUAUGUCCUGAAAGGCUUCAAAGAAGAUGUUUUGAGCACCAUGGAGUUUCUAAACCGAGCAAUCCAAAAAGCACUUUGUGAUGACCUCGAGGACAAAGAAGAAGCAAUGAUGGCUCUUAAUGUCCAGUGGUCAAUUCAGGAUGUAGAUCUUACCUGGUGGGAGAUGAGCCUGCAUGACAACUACUUGCUGGAGAAGGCUUACAUGAGGAAAGAAGUGUCUGUAGAUGUGAUGGAACCAAACGGCAUGACUGUGAGAGUAAACCUAAGGACAAAAGAAGCAACAAAUUGGCAAACAGGUGCCACAUACAAAGUAAAAAGGAACGACACACACACAAUGUUAGAGAUGCCAACACAAUGGGAACCUAUGCACAAUGAAGUCUUUAAAAAGGUUGAGCUGCCACCUAACUCAGCUGAGUACCAGGACGUAGCUCAGGCUUUCCUCAGAACAGCUAAAUACAACAUCCGUAAAAUUGAGCGUGUGCAAAACCUCUACCUGUGGCAAGCUUACGCUGUGCGUAGGCAUCGUAUACUUAGCAAGAACGGUUCAGCCGACCUCGGCGAGAAGCUUCUCUACCACGGCACAUCGGCAGACUCAUGCAACCUUAUUGAAAGGGACAGAUUUGACAGGAGCUUCGCAGGAACACAUGCUGCUGUAUAUGGGAAGGGAGUUUACUUCGCGGUCAAUGCAAAUUAUUCGGCGCGUGGAUAUUCCCCACCUGACUCAUCAGGCCUGAGUCGGAUGUAUGUUGCUCGUGUCCUGACGGGCCGCUACACUGUUGGUAAAUCUUCCAUGAUAGCCCCCCCUCCCCGAGGCUCAGACCCCACUGACUGCUUCGACAGUGUGGUUGACAAUCAGCAGCAGCCCUCCAUGUUUGUGAUCUUCCACGACGACCAGGCCUACCCCGAAUACGUCAUCACCUUUAGCUGAGGAAAACUGAUUCAGUACUGUACAAAUCCUGCCAGAUUAUGGAUGUGCCUUCAAUUUCUAUUUUCAGUUAAUGUUGUAAUUUUUUUAAAAUAGUUUUGAGCAGUUUUACUCUCUUGACAACACAGAAACUGGAACUGUCUGUAGUAUAACAAAAACAAUCAGCCAACUAGAUUUUAAACAAGGCAUUGAUUUCAGGGUUUUAAAAAGCGGUGAUAAUCUUGUGACCAGUUAAUCAUCAUUAAGAAUUGCAGCAUAUGAAUGUUUCAAUAUGAUACUUAAAAAGUUGAUUGAAAAUUCAUAUUCAAACACUUCAAAAUGAUUACAAUUUAAAAUAUGCAGCUCAAAUUAAGUGCUCACAGUAUAUUUAUACACUUCACACAGGAAAAAGCAAAAAUCCACUGAAGGAGGAGUACAUAUUUCCAUUGUCACUGAUCCUCCGAUUCUCCCAAAGGCAAACAUUGAUGCUGUCUCCAACUUGUAGCUGCAAGACAGCGCUGUUAGAUGCCGAGGAGGGGUUGGUUUGAUCAUACUCAUACCAUGAGACUAUCUUGUUUCCAUUUUUGUAUAAACUGCCACCGCAGCUUCCGCUACUUGCUCCCCAGCAGAAGGAAUUUAAGGUGAAGUAAUAGACUCCCUCCACCGGUGCUGUGAAAUAACCUGCAACAACAAAACAGGGGAGAGAAAAUAAAAUGUUUCUUUGGUAUACCCAACCUAACAUGCAACACUUCAAUAGGUGAUGUGUCUGUAGUAAGGACACAAGAGUGUUGAGAAAAGCUCAUACUGAAAUACUGACCUGUGUUGGGGUUGUAAUGUCCUCCCGUGUUGAACAGAACAUUUCUGUACACCAGAGGGUAAAGAACACUUACAGGACCAAUGGUAUCAUCAGUUGGGAAUGCAGCAGAAAAUGCAACCUGAAGCCGCCCUGGGCGAUAAAAAGAUGAAUAUAUAUCAUUAUACUGUAUUUUGUUCCUUUUAAAUCUUGAAUGUGGGAGUUUCAAAAUCUUUUUUUAACAGCAACUGCUGUCUAACACCUGCAGUAAAUUUCAAGGCUUCAGUCUAUCAGGAAUCUCAAAAAAAAUAAUAAAAAGAAAAAAAAAUAAUAAUGGCAAGAUUUUUUCUCAAUUUCAUCUCAACUUUAAAUUGCGAGAUUAAUGCAUUUGUGAAGUAAAUAAAUAUGUACAACCACAA